AUGCUUUUUGGUCCGUUUCAUUUUAUGAUACUCAUGGGUUGUUUCUUGCUUUCUAUCUCUCUCUCUCUCCAGGUAAUUGUGGAAAAAGCACCAAAAGCCAGAGUACCCGACCUAGACAAAAGGAAGUAUCUCGUGCCUUCUGACCUCACAGUUGGCCAAUUCUACUUCUUAAUCCGAAAGCGGAUCCACCUGAGGCCAGAGGAUGCCCUGUUCUUCUUUGUCAAUAAUACCAUCCCUCCCACCAGUGCUACCAUGGGCCAGCUGUAUGAGGAUAACCACGAGGAGGACUAUUUUCUCUAUGUGGCCUACAGCGAUGAAAGCGUCUAUGGCAAGUGAGCACCAGCCCCCCAGGCAUGCAGGCGAGAUGGACUGAUGGACUGGAUUUUGGGGGGGGGUGGGGGGAAUAUGUUGGAGAGGAGGAAGGAGGAUGCCUGAGAAGAGGGGAAGAGAACUGGAAGUGAACCACAUGCACAAUGCCAUCACCUUCCAUGCAUUAAUUAUAACCGUUAUUUUUUAAAUUGAGGGGAGGGAGGGUAAGGGGACGGUGUAUGAAAAGGUGAACUGAGAGGCUAAUGAGGAGUUCUGUGCUGAGGGAUGGGGAGGCUUCACUGUUUGUAGUUCUUCUCUUGCCACAGCUGGAAGUAGUUAGCCUGUACUGGUGGCUGCUGGACAAGCCAGUGUGGUUGAGCUCCAGGAGAGUGACUGGGCAGGACGGCCAUUUUUGUGUAACCCUUCCAUCGGAUGAAGAAGGCAUGCCAUGUAUUGUACACUGACCUUGUCACGCCUUGCCCAUGGCACGGGCUGCACUCCUGUGAGCAUUCAGUGAGCUGUGAAAUACAUCACCCUGCCCACACAAGGCUGUCCUGUGCUGACAGUCCUCACUCUGGCUGCUGCCUGUGAAGCGUUCCAAGAGUAUUGCGUUUCCCGUCACUUCCAUCAGUAUUAGAAGGGCUAACUCUGAGGGCUGGGAACUCCUCAGCUGUGAGACAUGAAGGUUGGGGGAAGAGAAGGAAGGAAUUUGUUGUUUUUUUUUUCCUUUGUUGCUUUAGUUGCAAGUGCUGGACAGAAAAAUUUGAGAUGACCCUUUUGUUCUUUUCAGUGAAGUCAACUGAUAAACUCAUAAGCAUAGGGCUAGAAAGGACCUCAAGAGAACGACUAGCCCACUCCAGCUCUGAGACAGGACUGAGUAUACCAAACAUGUCCACCAUGGCUGCUCAUGUAACUUGUCCUUAGCAAACUUCCCUGAGCUUGAUCCUGGAGACUGCUAAAAUAGUCUAUUCCAGUUCCUAGCUAGCCUACAAGCGAGAGAGCUUUUCUUGCUACCUAACUUCAGUCUCCCUUGCUGUGCAUUAAACCAACUAAUUACUAAUGGUCUUGUUAUUGGUGAACACAGAAAAUUAUCUAUCGGUGUUGUCCUUGUACCAGUCUUCUGCAGAUUAGAAGAUGGCAGAAGUCCUGUGGGUUUAGCCUUCCCUUCCAUGUCUCUUCCCUGUAACAGCUCUUGCACCACAUGCACAAGCGGAAGAAAUGUUUUGCUGGCUUUUUUGUGAUUGGACAACAGUGCCACUCUUUGCCGCAAGAGAGGUGCUUUUAGACUUCAAGGGGAAGGGGAAUAGAUUCUCUGCAGAUUUUUCUUUUUAAAUUAUUUUAUUUCAAGCCAGUGUUGUUCUUAGAGAGGUGCCAGAUAGAUGCUGUCCUGUGCAAGCCUUAUGCUGUCAUGCCAAAGCAGUUUCUUCCCAGUGGCACAAACAGCAGAUUUUCCCAUAACUGCCAUAACUCUGAUGAUGGGAUGGGGUUUUGGGGGGUGAGCUGACUUUCAGGAAAAUUCUGAGGUUUUAUCUUAAAAUCAGAGAGCUUGACCUGAAUUACUAUCAACAUUCCUACAUUUAAGGGAGGGACCACGAGGGAGGAGGAGACAAGAAGGAUGAAGAAGACGGGCAGAUUCCAAAAUAAGUUGAAGGUGUUUGCGCUAUUUACAUGAAGUUAGAUCCCAGUUCUCAGCGUUCCUCAGGAAUGAGCAAUCAAGACGAGUGCUCCUCUGAUUGUGGGAGACAGGAAAUCAGCUUUCAGCCUUCACUGUUGUGCUGCAGAGGUACACGAAGCAGAAGUGCAGGCUGGGAGUGUUAAGUGGGAGUCACUGGCAGAACGGUGUGAAGAUCAAGGAGGCAGUGUAGUGGGGCAGGAGGUCACUGCCCGUGUGGUAUGGGAAGUAGCAGAUGAAUGGGAGAGAAGUGAAGCUGUGCAAGAGAUGUCGACAGAGGAGUCUUAACGGGCAGACAGAAAGCAGGGGAACAAAAGAUGAAAUGAGUGGGUUAGCAUUACUCUUUUUUCAUCCUGAACUUCAGGUUUGCUGUUCCAUCAUGUGCUCAUCUGAAAUUAAUGCGUUUGGAUGAUUUGUACCUAAUGCCAACUUAGAUAAUUGCAUUUUCUGCCUGCAGUACUCAGUCCUCUCUUUUUGGCCCACUCCUCCAACUACCAGGCUCUUCUCACAUCCUUUGGGUGCAAAUCCCCGUCAGUCUCUUGUUUUAGGAAGCUCUGGGUGUUCUGAAGCAGAGAACAGACCCAGGAGGCUCUCUAGGGUAAAAGACAAGAUGCGGGAAGAUGGUGUGCGUCUCUCUGCUGCUCAUGCGCGUGCUGCCAAGCACCUGGUUGUGUGUUGUCUUGAGUGAGCCUGUGCUUAGGCACACUCGGGGGAGAAGAAGGUGGCAUCUGGGGUGCUUGGUUUUGCAUUCAGACCUCCCCUCCCCUCCCGCUGCUGGGUUUAUAAGUGACAUGUGUGGGACUAAUCUCAGCCGUUUGUUACAUGUAGAGUUUACAGUUUAAUUUAGUUAUUUUAUGGUUCUUUUAACUGGAUUGUGGCAUUUACUUCUGUUUUUGCGCUAGUCCGGUAUUGUACGAGGUAACGAUGGUAAUUCUUCUUUGUGUUGGUUAGCUGCAGGUUCUUGUAAAAUAAAGUUCAUACUACUUGAGCUAAAUCAACCGAUCAAUAAAGAUGCAUUUGAAAAUCA